AUGAAUUCUCAUGUUCAACCUAAAAAAGAGGUUUGUGCUAGUACUUGUCAUAAUGAUCAAUUAUUUCCUUCUUUUCUUGAAACAUUUUCCGAAGAGGCUAAUGCAUUACAUUCAUAUGGUAAACCAAAUGAUAGCCCAUUUUCUAACACAUACAAUCCUAAUUGGAGAAACCAUCCCAAUUUUUCAUGGAGACAAAACCAACCACAAAUGAACCAAGGAAACCAAUUCAACAUGCCAAAUCCGAAUCAUGCCCAACCAAGUCAACCUUACCCUCUACAAAGAAAGCCUUCCUUAGAAGACACUUUACAACAAUUCAUGCAAUCCACCCAACAAAUCAUGCAAAAUCAAUCUCAAUCCAUUGCCAAACUUGAGACACAAUUGGGUCAACUUGCCAAUGCCGUAACUGAGAGAGAAAAAGGGAGAUUUCCUAGCCAACCCAUCCCAAAUCCUAAAGGCCAAUAUGAAGUAGGAGUUCCUAGUCAUAAAGAAGAAGCCAAUGACAUCUUAGAAGUGUUUAAACAUGUAAUUAUCAACAUCCCAUUCUUAGAUGCCAUUAAACAAAUUCCUGCCUACUCCAAAUUCCUGAAAGACCUUUGCACUGUUAAAAGAAACACUGAUGUUCCAAAAAAGACAUUUUUAACUGAACAAGUUAGCUCAAUAAUUCAAUAUAAAAGCCUUGUGAAAUAUAAAGAUCCUGGUUGUCUAACAAUUUCAUGCAUCAUUGGUGAUCAUUUUAUUAACAAAGCUUUACUUGAUUUAGGAGCUAGUGUGAAUUUAUUGCCUUACUCUGUUUAUAAGCAACUUGGUCUAGGAGAAUUAAAACCAGCUUCUAUAACACUUCAAUUAGCUGAUCGUUCUGUGAAAAUUCCUAGAGGUAUUAUAGAAGAUGUUUUAAUUAAAGUGGAUAAGUUCUAUUUUCCUGUUGAUUUCAUUGUUCUUGAUACUCAACCUGUUGAAAAUGCUCAUGCUCAAAUACCCAUCAUUUUAGGUAGACCAUUUUUAGCUACAUCUAAUGCAAUUAUCAACUGUCGUAAUGGUGUAUUGAAAUUAUCUUUUGGAAACAUGACUGUUGAAUUGAAUGUUUUUAAUGUUGCUAAAUCUGUUGAGUGUGAGGAAAUACAUGAAGGGAACAUGAUUAACACGGAAAAUAUGUUUGAAAUGGACAUGAAUGAAUCUUUUGAAACUUAUGCAAAAAUGUUUGGAAUGUGCUUAAAUGUUGAUGAUUUUAUUCAUGAUGAUAAUUAUUUGCUUGAGUCUACCCCACUAAUGGAUACUGAAAAGUGGAAAGCCAAAAUUGAACCAUGUAUUUCAUUAGAGCAUGUUGAGUCAACUCCUGAACCACCAAAAUGA